AUGAUUUCAGUCGCAGCAGCUUCUGCGCGACGGCGGGUGCUCAAGCAGUCGACAGCACAGUCAAACAGUGCUCUUCAAAUGUAUACACGCUCAUACAAAACGAUGCACAAGCCGACGCUGCUCAACGCGCUGCGACCGCGGAUGCGAGCUCCAAAUACUCCUCGAGUCUGGCGAAGUGUACACGUUCGGGCUCUCAGCUACUCUGCUCUACCUCGUUUUGUCGCGAGAGCUUUUAGAGUACCCAUUGCGGGUGUUGGCGUCGGUGCAGGGGCCUUUGGAUACGCAAACUACAAGCUAGAUGAACUACGACGUCAGACUUCGACUUUCCUGACCGACGUCCAGGAUACUGCUGCAGAUAUUUACGACUCUGCAUCGGAAACACUGUCGCCCUUUCUCUCAACAGCAGGUUCGGCGUUGGGUUCUUUCAGAAAAUCGGCAAAGGGGACAAUAGAUAGCGCAAAAGAGGGCGUUUCCAGCACGUACGACAGCCUUGCUGCAACCGUACAAGGGCUCGAAGCUCCUGAAUGGCUAAAGUCCUUGGGCUCUGGAGGCAAAUCAGGAGGUUCAGAUGACGGGUCUGGAGACAAGGGAAAAUCAAAGGGCGACUCCGAGCCCGAAGGUGACGGCAAAGGUGUUGCUGUCGCUGCCGCUGCUUUGGGCACUGCUACGGCUCGUUCAAAGGCCGCUCAGGACAAUGAAGAGGAAGAAGAGGAGAAAAAACCCACCGUCGACAAUCUCCCCCCGACAGACCUCUUGUCGUUGACCAAGAAGCUCAUCUCCAUUCGCACCAUUCUACAGUCGAUAGACCAAUCAGACACCCUCAAGCUCCCAAGCAUCGUCGUCAUUGGCAGCCAGAGUAGUGGGAAAAGUAGCGUGCUUGAAGCUAUUGUCGGGAAGGAAUUCUUGCCAAAAGGCAACAAUAUGGUUACGCGAAGGCCCAUCGAACUGACACUCGUUCAUACGCCUCACACCGAGCCCUACGGCGACUUUCCUGACCUCAACAUGCGCCAUAUAACAUCCUUUUCUUCCAUCCAAAAGAUUCUCACCGAUCUCAACCUCUCGGUUCCAGCCGAGAAGUGCGUCUCGGACGACCCGAUUCAUCUUCACAUCUACUCGCCCAACGUCCCAGACCUUACGCUCAUCGACCUUCCGGGAUACAUUCAGAUCGCAAACAUUGACCAGCCAGAGGAACUAAAAGGCCGUAUCGAGGCCUUGUGCGAAAAGUACAUCAAAGAGCCCAAUAUUGUACUCGCGGUGUGUGCCGCCGACGUCGACUUGGCGAAUUCUCCGGCACUGCGAGCUAGUCGUCGUGUGGAUCCUUUGGGACUCCGCACACUGGGUGUCAUCACCAAAAUGGAUCUGGUAGACCCUGGAAUGGGCGCGGAGAUCUUGAGAGGGAAUCGAUAUCCUCUUGGAUUGGGAUACGUCGGCGUCGUCACAAAGCCGGCUGAUCGAAAGAGGGGCCGUCGAGGCGACGACGAGAACCUUACAGAUGCGGUUAUGCGCCGCGAAGAAGGCUUCUUUGGCGCAAACCAGGAGCAUUUUAAUCCAGAGCCGACAGCGGAUGGCAAGGGCAAGUCGUCGGUAAUGGUCGGCACAGGUACGCUCCGUCGUCGAUUGAUGGAGGUGCUCGAAGGUAGUAUGGCUGGAUCUCUUCAUACCAUCAGCAACGCAGUUCAACUCGAGCUAGAGGAGGCAAGCUAUCAGUUCAAGGUCAUGUACAAUGACCGUCGCAUCAGCGCAGAGAGCUACGUCGCAGAGACAGUCGACACACUCAAGGCCCGCUUCAACUCGUACGCAGCGCAGUUUACAAAGCCUGCUGUCCGUGAGCGCGUCAAGGAGAUGUUGGACGAGAAAGUCAUGGGCGUUCUAGAGGCCAUCUAUUGGUCUGACAAACGCCUUUCUUCCGGGGAGCUCAACGCACUCGCCGUCGGAGAUCUCAAAAAGGCCCUCGCGUUGGAAGCAGCUUCCCCGGCAUCAUCGAGCUGGUUUGGUGGCAAAGCUCCGGAACCGGCAAAGGGUGCAGGUAAAGAGUUGCCUGCUCAGCGUGAGCUCAAGGAUGUGGAAACGUACUGGCGAUACAAGCUCGAAGCUGCCAGUGGUCUGUUGACCAAGUCUGGGGUUGGUCGAGAUAGCACGAACCUCGUCGCAGAUGGCUUGCGGGCUCUCAUCGACAAUAUCGUCACGACGGAACCGAUGAAUCAUCACCCAGCGUAUGCUGAGCGCAUCGUCCAGCUCUCACAUGGCAUCCUCCGCCAGUACCUCACAUUGACGAGCGAUCAGGUCGAAAAUGCCAUCAAACCGUUCAAGCAUGACGUCGACGUCGAUCUUCGUGAGUGGGGCAUUGGCCAAGAAAAGUCAGUAGCGCUUUUUGAAAAGGAGAUUGGGAUGCUCGAGGGACGGAUUGCGGAGAUCAAGGGCCGCAUUGGUGGUGGUCGACGAUUGCGCACAUUGAUGGAUUACGUCCGCGGAAGAGAGAAGAGAGAGGAAGAGAGGAAGCGUGAGGCUUUGCGAACGGGUGGAAAGGUCGAGAACGUAGAGGAGCCGAUUGAUUAUCGAUAUAGCCCGGCUCAGGUAUUGGAAGCUCGCCACGCUCUCCUCUAUACCGACAGACUUGCCACUCUCAAGCUACGUAUGGCUGCCCUCAAGUCCAAGCAGUGCAAGGCUGGACCAGAAAAGGACACAUUCCCUCGGGAGAUUGAUUCCCGCCUCAUCUACGAUCUGGACCGGACCGAGGUUCAAAAGUUUGCACGAGAGAACCCAGCGAUCCGUCGACAUCUCGAUUUGCAGGAUAGAAAGGACAAGCUGGAGCAAUGCAUGGUCCAACUCCAAUCGCUCGUCAAUUUGCGCAAGGAUUCCCAGUCGAAUCAAGGACGCAAGCAGAGUGGUCUCUUUGGAGGCAUCUUCUAA